AUGCCCGUCACCAACUAUGCUCACCGCCGGGGGCGCGCCGUUCAGUUAGCCGAUGCUUCUAUAGAUCCAACGCCAACAUCUACAUCAAUCCCAAUCGCAAGGCCCUCCUUGCUGUGUUCUAGUACUGUUCAGUCGCAGCAGCAACUCAGGGCCACUGCAGCCCCUACUCGCUCCCUUGACCCUGGCAAUGUGCCAAGUGAACUCGCUCCAGCUUGGCCGUUUAACCCUCAAGACACUGCGCUAAUUCGCACCCGGGCAUAUCAACCCGCAUUCAAACCCAACGUUACUAGCAACGAUUCUGGGACAGAGGAUACACCCAAGCCGGUAAACAACUCCAGAGCAAAAAGGAAGAUGGCCGAGCCCAGAGCCCGUGCCGCCAGGCACAAGGGGCAGAUGAACUUCCCAUCCGAAUUACGCCUUCUACUUCUUGCAUAUGGUGAUCCGGCCCCCCAUCCAUCGUUUCCCUCAGAGCCACUCCCCGAAACCGUCCGUGUGCUCGAUGAAAUUGUGACCGACUUCGUGCUAGAAAUGUGCCACGGUGCCGCACAACACGCAAACUACUCACGUCGACAAAAGAUCAAAGUUGAUGAUUUCCGGUUCGCGCUGCGUCGGGAUGCGAACAAACUAGGUCGUGUACAGGAACUUCUACGCAUGGAACGCGAGCUGAAAGAGGCUCGGAAGCAGUUCGAUCAAAAUGAUGACCAGGUUGGGAACCUGAAGGAUGCUGGGAAGAAGGGCCUUGAGGAUAUCGGAGAGAGUGUUGCAGACGGAAAGAAAUCGAAGGGCAAAGGAAAGAGGGGCGCCAGACGGGAUUCAGAUGCAACAGAAGAUACGACAACGACGAAGAAGAAGAAGCUUAAUUAG